GGUAAAGGCUCUAGGGCGGCAGAUAAGGCUGUUGCCAUGGUGAUGAAGGAGAUACCGAGGGAGGAGUCUCCGGAGGAAAAACCCCUCCUUACUAUGAAAUCACAGCUUGUGAAUGAGCAACAAGAAAGCCGACCCCUGCUGAGUCCUUCUAUAGAUGACUUUCUUUGCGAAACCAAAUCAGAAGCCAUUGCACGUCCGGUGACAUCCAAUACCGCAGUCCUUUCAACAGGUCUGGAUCUCCUCGACCUCAGUGAACCUGUUUCCCAAACCCAAAGCAAAGUGAAGAAGUGGGAGAAUUCCUCAAGAAGGGAAAGCUUGAAAGGAUCGACCCUCAGAAGAAAGACGGACAAACCAGAUCUUAUCUUUGUAGACACCGAACAAAAGAUCCAACCACUCAAGGGUCCAGAGAAAUCAUUGGAUUUAGCCAAUAUCCAGGCUCAACUAGAAAAAUGGGAUGAAGUCAAGCAUCGUGGAGAAAGAGCUGGCAAAGGUUCUUCAGGUUCUGAGAGAAAAUCAUCCACUUCUAAAGCGCCACCCAAAGAAUUUGUGUG